AUGGACUCAGCUCCCCUUCUUCAGAAUGCUGAUGGCCUUCCCAGCCCCAAUGUCAUGCAGGACCAUCCUGCUUUCCUUCGAGCAUGUCACUCUCCAUGGCCGUGUAUACCCCAGAACGUCCUCGUCAUCUUGCGAGGCCUGGUGUUGACGUUUCUCAUCGCUGUGGGCAUUCUCAUUCUGAACUUCGAGCUCCAUGAGCAUAGCGAGUACUCCAAGUGGCGUAUAAUCUUCGAUUUCGCCAAUAUCAGCUUCUUCUUCAUCUUUCUUUACCAUCUUCAGACCUUUUCCUGGACUUUCACUCAUCUGUACUACCCCCACCACCAUGACCGACACAUGGGCGGAGUGGAGGGACUGCUCAUCAGAUGCAUGUCGCUUCCCAAGCACAUGGGUAAUCUUCGAAAGCAGUUUCACUUCACCUUGUUCUACACCAUCUCCGUCGUUUUCGCAUUCGCCAAUUCGACGAUCUAUUUCUUCAUCAGUCGUCAGCAGAAGGGUGAGGGUUGCUGUGGCGAGCCUCAGCCAGAACUUCGCCGUCCCAACAGUACCGCCAUACCUAUAUGGGCUGGAUACGCCGAGGAGCACCCUGAGCCUCCAUUCACGGACAUUUUUGGCGAAGGAUGGUUCCGAGCCUUCAUAAUCCUGUCCUUGUAUGCGUUUGGAACAUUGAUCAUGGUGAUCGAGAUCCUGUGUCUCAAUAGCAUCCGACGUCCAUACGCCGUCGGACUUCACCUAAUUGGCAUCCUUUUCUUUGCUACCGCCUACUUAGGUUGGGCUGCCUUUGGCCGACUGGUCACUGACUAUUGCCCCUUCUUUUGGCUUGACAAGAAGCAAGUUGGUUCAGAUGAAGCCAUCACCCUCUACUCGAUUGGCUUUGUGCUGUUGAUGCCUAUCAGGCUUCGUCGCUUCCCGAGAGAGCUUUACACGAUCGAAGAACGAGGCUCGAGCCAUCGCUGCUGCACAAGCGGCCCUCGACUCUUGAAGGGGAAGCAAUUGGGAGUGAUGAUCGGUCCCUUCGCAACGGUAUCAAGUGUCUCGGGUGAAAUUGCGUGCCAGAUGCACCUUAGCUAUUGCGGCGUCGUGAAGCAGCGUGCGACAGGGACUUGUCGACACCAUCUUGAUGCAACCCGACCAGCCCCCGUUGUAAAAAGUUCACCAAUCACAUUUCAGGAUCUGCUAGUACAGAUGGAACGGCUCGGUAGCGUCUUCACAGAGCCUGACGAUUGGGUACCAGGCGAAUGA